AUGACCGAAACUGUUGCUACAUCAAACUCAACGGAAACUAGCUCCUGUCCCGUAAAUCACUCGGUAUGGUCUUCCUUUGCUCAUACCAAAACUUCAAAGACCGAGUCCAAUAAUACAGACUCGAACGAACAUUCUCAGAAGGGGUGUACAAGCGAUUUUAUGAUAAAUGAAUCAAAUAACAUGCCACUUAUUGCAAACCAACAACCGUCCAUGGGUCAACGUGUUCCACUUGGCACUUCGCGUCAGUUAUCAAAUAUACCACGUGCUAUUCCCGAAACAGAUAAGAAUUUGGCGAAAAAAGCCGAAGUUUGGAUAUAUCCCUCUGAACAAAUGUUUUUUAAUGCAAUGAAACGCAAGAAUUGGAAUCCUCGGGAGGAGGACAUGCGUGUGAUUGUGCCAAUGCAUAAUGCUGUUAAUGAAAAGGCCUGGAGAGAAAUACUGGAAUGGGAGAAAUUCCACGAGAA